AUGCAGGGUCGAGGGAGCGGAAGAGGUGGGACAGGUUCGGCGGGCGGAGCAGGUCCGGGGCAGGUUCGGGUGCAGGCGCUGCAGAUUCGGGAAAAUGCAGGUUCGGAGGAAGGGAGUGAGGAGGGGAGUGAGGAGGGGAGUGAGGAGGAGGGAACAGAGGAAGUGACAGACGAAGUGACAGAGGAAGGGAGCGAGGAGGGGAGUGAGGAGGAGGAGGGAACAGGGGAAGUGACAGAGGAAGGGAGUGAGGAGGUGAACUGGGGAGGCAGAAGAGACAGAGGGAGAGACAGAGGGAGAAACGGAGGGGAGAAACAGAAGGGGAGACAGAAGAGGAAACCGAGGGAACAGAAGGUACUGGGGGAAACAGAGGAAACAGGAAUGACUGGCGAGACAGAAGAAACUGGGAAGAGGGAGGAGGAGGAAGAGGAAGAGGAGGAGGAUGAGGAGGAAGAGGAGGAAGGAGGAGGAGAAGAGGAGGAGGAGGAAGAAGAGGAGGAUGAGGAGGACGAGGAGGAGGAAGAAGAGGAAGAGGAAGAAGAGGAGGAAACGGAGGAGGGAACCGAGGGGGAAGGGGAGGAAGAGGAAGAGGAGGAGGAAGAGGAGGAAGAGGAAGAGGAGGAGGACAAUGUUGAUCAACUCAACACACAUAACGCCCUCCCACCCUUAUACAGACACCAGCACCAGCAGCAGGCAGCAGCAGUCCCCAGCACCCUCCCCUGCAUCCCAGUCUCAAGACCACACCAGCGCCGCCACUGGCCCUUCCGCCUUCCCUCCCCGCACCUCUGGCCGAAGCAGCCGGCAGGUUUCCUUCCAGGAGGAUGGGAUUAUGGGGCGAGGCUGGGGAGGAGUAAUCUUGCGGGGGAGCAAGGGAGUGGGAAUUAUCGGGGAGAGGAGGCGUAUGGGAGUGGGAAUUACGGGAGUGAGGCAUAUGGGAGUGGGAACUAUGCCAAGGGGCAUGCCUUGGGGAGUGGGAACUAUGGGAGUGAUGGGUACGGCAGUAGUGCAUAUGGCGGGAGUGGUAACCACGGCGCGAUGUUACAUGGGGCUGGGGGGAGCGGGCUGGGCGGCAGACUAGGAAGUCAGUGGGAGUGGGAACUACGCGGGAAACUAGCCCCUGUGAGGUCGCCCAGUGAUAGUGGGCAGAGUGAGGGGCAAAGAGAGGGAGAGAGCGGAGGAGAGGGAGGAGUGGGAGAAGAGAGAGGAGGGAAGGGAGGGGGAGGAGGGCCGAUUUGGGAGACGGACGAGGAGCAGAGUCAGGCAACAAUGAGCAUGGAGAGGGGGGAGCAUCGAAGCAUGGAGAGGCAGGAGGAGGAUCAAAGAAUGGCGACGCAGGAGGAGGAACGUGGCAUGGAUGCAGCAGCGGCUCAAGCACCACCGCAAGCAGCACAAGAACCAAUGAGUGCAGCUGACGCAUCUGCCUCACCUCCCAAGUCAGUGAAGAAAGGAGGAUGGCUGGAGAACCUGUGGGGCAAGUAG